GCUCGAACCCCCCCAACCCAACCCCACGCGGCCACGCCCCCUCCCUUCCCCAGUUGAAGCAAAGCAGAGCCCUACCGGUCUCCCACCUCCCCAGAUCGGCGAUCCCCGGAGGCAGCGGCGAUGGCGUCGUCGCAGGCCAACCUCGAGAAGAUGCAUCUCCGCCAGAGCUACCGCAACCUCUGGCACACCGACAUCAUGGGCACCAUGAGGGCCGACUUCCCCUACUGCUGCCUCGCGCUGUGGUGUGGACCAUGCGUGUCAUACAUGCUUCGCAAAAGGGCUCUCUAUAAUGACAUGUCAAGAUACGUCUGCUGUGCUGGAUAUAUGCCAUGCAGUGGAAGGUGUGGUGAAAGUCGGUGCCCAGAGUUUUGUCUUGCAACUGAGGUGUUUCUUUGCUUUGGCAAUUCAGUUGCGUCAACCCGUUUCUUGCUGCAAGAUGAAUUCAACAUACAGACAACUCAGUGCGACAACUGCAUCAUUGGCUUCAUGGUCUGCCUUCAACAAGUUGCUUGCAUCUUCUCUAUAGUUGCAGCUAUUGUUGGGAGUGAGGAGCUUUCAGAGGCUUCCCAGAUCCUUAACUGCAUGUCUGAUUUGGUCUACUGGACGGUAUGCGCAUGUAUGCAGACACAACACAAAAUCGAAAUGGACAAGAGGGAUGGGAAGUUUGGCCCACAGCCCAUGGCAGUGCCUCCAGUGCAACAAAUGUCACGCAUCGAUCAGCCUACCCCGCCUCCCGCCGGAUACGCACCACAACCAGCCUACGGUCAGCCUUAUGGUAGCUAUCCACCUCCAGAUCAAGGUUAUCCCCCAGCUGGUUACCCCCAGGGUGGUGCAUACCCUCCUCCUCAAGGUUACCCCCAGGGUGGUGCAUACCCUCCGCCUGCCCAAGGUUAUCCCCAGGGUGGUGCCUACCCACCGCCUGGUUACCCACCACAAGGUUCCUACCCCCCGCCGCAAGGUUCCUACCCCCCACAGGGUUACCCGGCCAAGUAAAGCACACACGUCAAUUGGAGAGACCCCUUUGCCAGGCACCUGAAAUAUUGUGGACAUGUAAACAGUAGGACUGCGGUAGCGUAAUAGGUGAUUUCGAAACACCACGUGCGAUUUGUCUGCGUGGUAAACAAUGAACGGUAUAUUGAUUCUCUGGUGAACUCAUCAGUGACAUGUGUUGAGCGUACUGUGUUGAGUAUACUCUUCAAAUAAGGAGUGGUGAAUUGUGCAAGUCAUUCGGAAAAUUAAUCUGUAACUGAAUUUGGUGAUUACAUUAUUCCUGGAGAUUGUUGGUAGUAUGUUUUGGACAAAUUAUUUGGCUACAGGAGCGUGUCUGCGUCAUGUUAUAAGCCUGAAUGAAUAUGCUGUGGUUGCGACUUCA